AAUUUAUCCUUUAAAUGUUUUUCAGUAUAUCUGAAACAAUUUCCUGCAAGGCACAUAAUGGGAAUCCUUAUCUUCUUCUCAAUCUUCACACAAUAUCUCAUGAGAUUAAGUAUGAUGGUGGGAUUUCUCGGAUUGACGCGGAAGAUACCGUCAAUAGACGAUCUUCCAACAUCAGAUGUGUGUUUCGAUGGCCUGAAUGACUCACUGAAAUCUUCAAAACAAAUUGCUGACAAGAUUCGCUAUAGUCGUCACCAAAUAAUGAGUAUACUGUACGUGCACUCAAUUGGAUACGUGAGCACACAAUUCAUCGGCGGGUACUUGGCCGAAAGGUUUGGUGGUCGUUGGAUUGUGGGCCCUGCCGUAGUGGCCUGUGGUGUCAUCAAUUUCUUAACAGUAGCUGCUGUAUUUGCACCUAUUUAUGUUAUGCUACUGGUAGGAUUUUUGGGAGGCGCUGCAGCGGGUCUUAUACUUCCUUCAUCACAAGUCUUGUAUUCUCGUUGGUACCCAAUUAAAGAACGACGAAAAUUUGGAGGUUUUGUGUAUACAUCCCUACACUCGGGUAGUGUUUGUGGAAUGAUAUUAGCCGGAUUGCUAUCUCGUUAUGGCUGGGAAGUGGUAUCGUUCUGCUCCGGUGCAACGGGAGUACUAUUUUUCAUACCAUGGGCACUUUUAGCUCAUGAAUCUCCUUUGUUACAUCCUCGAAUAUCUCUUGAAGAAAGAAAUUACAUAGUGAAAGGAUUAGAUCAAGACCCAAACAAGCCGUUCAAGUUUCCCAAAAGGAUUCCUUGGUUUGCCAUUAUUACUUCUGGACCAGUAUGGGCUAGUGUUGUGUUUCACACUGGUUCUAUUUGGAUUAUGCUGGUUUCGUUCUACCAUCUACCAACUUUUCUCAUGGAUAUUCUGCACGUUGGCGUGGAAAAGAGUGGUUAUAUAUCAUCAGUACCCUGUGUAGUAGGUUGGAUCAGUGGUAGUCUUUCAGGACUUAUUUCGCAACGGUUUCAAAAUCUAGGUGUUUGGAGUCACAUGAAUGCGUACUUAAUUUGCAAUGGUAUAGGGAACAUUGCACCUUCUAUCUGUUUCCUAAUAAUUAUUGUGGCCCGUUGUGAAUUGACAACGAACGUUCUUAUGUUCGUUAUUAUUAUGUUUUUUAAUGCAAUGAUAUAUGGAGGUAGUUAUUUCAAUGCCAUGGAUCUCUCUGUCAACCAUACUGGCGUUAUUUGUGGCAUUGUAAACACAUCAAUUAAUUUAUGUGGUUUAGUGACGAUGAUUGUUGUAAUAUUAAUGAUAAGAGACCAACGCACCCUAACUCCAUGGAAUGGACUUUUCGGUAUUACAAUUGUAAUUGCAUGUGUAUCUUAUAUUAUAUUUGCAAUAUUUGGAUCUGUAGAAAAACAACCGUGGAAUUCUUAUGGCGUAGACGAUUCUGAUGAAGAUGAAGGUAAAGUUAUUGCUGACAAGGAGGGUACAGAUGAAGAUAAAUAUAAAGCUCGCAUCCCAAGUUUAGACAAACAAGUUCCCCGAAAAAUUCCAAAGAAGAACCUAAGAACUUCGAAGUUCCUAGAGAAGUAUUACAUUUAA